AUGUCAUCCAAUUCUUCAAAGAAAAUAGGUGGACGACCUAUUAGUAAAAUAUGGGAAUGGAUUAUAAAAGGAGACCCUGUACCUAAUUCUAAAGGAUACUACUCGGCAACUUGUUCAUUUUGUGAAUUUCAUUGGACCACAGCUAAAGUGGCGAAACUUAAAAGACAUCUUGCUUAUGAUUGUAACAAGAUUGAUUCUGAAACAAAAAUCAAUGUCUUAAUGAUGUUAACAAGUAAUGAAGAUUCAGAGGAUGAUAGUACUACAACAUCAACCACUAAAUCUAGUAAGAAACGAAAAUCAAGUGAUACUAGAUCACAGACUUGUAUAGAUGAUCAUUAUGAAAAUUUUCCUACUCCACUAGUCAAAGAAGAUCAAAUUAAUAAAGCAUUGGCAAAAAUGUUUGUAUGUUGUAAUUUGCCAUUUUCUCUUAUUGAACACCCCUUCUUUAUCGAAUUUAUUAAGAUUUUACGUACUACUUAUAAUCUUCCAAGCCGUUGGGUCCUAACAGAAACCCUUAUUAUUCAGGAAGUAUCCAGAAUUACACUCAAAGUUCUUUCAGAACAUGGAAAUGAUAUCAAAAAUCGGGUCAAAGAUAUUCUUUGUGACCGAAAUUUUUAUGAAAAUUGUCGAAUUAUUACAUCCAUUCUUCAUCCACUUAAGGUUACAGUAGGAUGUUUAGAAUCAAGAACAUCAUCACUUGCUGAUUGCUAUAUUCAUUUAUUGUCAUUAGCAAGUGCAGUUUAUCGUAUGCCAAACCAAAAUAUAGAAUUUAAAAAUCAUUGUGUGAUUAAAUUUAAUGAACGGUAUGACGAAUUUUCUGAUGAUCUUUUUCUUUUGGCAUUUUUUUUGCAUCCUCGUUAUCAUGGUAAUGGUAUAAAUCCAAGUAAGAUCCAUAAUAUUACUGUCAAAGCAGCACAGAUUUGGAAGAAUAUGGGACAUGAUCAAGAAUCAUGUGGAAAACUACUUUCUCAAAUGCGAAAAUACAUGAAAAAUAAAGCACCAUUUAAUCAACAUUAUAAUUAUAAAUCAGAUACACCAAUCAUUUGGUGGGAAACUGCUCAAAAUACUAAGGAAGAAUGGGAAUUACAAGCUUUAGCACUUCGGCUUUUUGCUGUAUCUCCACACAGUGCUUCUUUUGAUACUUCUGAAUGUUCAUUACGUGAAAAAAUGAUAGAUAGUACUUUAACAGAAAUUAGUGAUGAGUUAGUUGGUGAAGGAGAUUAUGAUUUUUUGUAUGAGGAAAAUAUAAUUGAUACAAUUAUUGACAUGUCUAAAACGUAUAAUCUAAAUGUUGCUUUAGAUAUAGAUAUUGAUUCACAUAUUUUUAAUAUGGAACGAAAUGAAUCUGAAGAAGAUGAAGUAAUAGUUAGUCAAAGGAGACAAACUGUUGUAUUGGAUCCAGAACGUGAAGAUUAUGAUAUUGAGGCAUUGAUAGCUAAAGAAAUGAAUGAUGAUAAUGGGAGUUAA